AUGCGUGAAAUUACAUCGCACCAUGUUUUGGAAGCAUUCAAUGUUGCCAAGCUAGCUCUACCAGCCAUCCACACGUUGAUCCAUCGGCAUCUUGCAAUAGCGUUGUAUGCUGUUUGCUCACCUAAGCGAUACAUACAAGAGGAUCGUCAUUAUGCAGGAGGGCAAGAACAUCCUUUCCUAUUGGCUCCUUGUUUCAUGACCUUGGGCAGAUUUGUUUACCUUGCUUUCAAUGAUAUCGGUAAACCUGCCAAGGACUUGUUGACGAAGGAUUACCCUGUGGGAGGUGUCAAGCUAGAGGUUAAGACCACCACCUCUCAUGGCGUGACGUUCAAAGUCAAUGGACAACGUGAUCUUAGAUCAGGCCUUGUCCUUGGUGACAUUGAAGCCAAAUACACGGAUAAAGCAACUGGCAUUGCUAUCACAAAGGCAUGGACCACAGCCAACCACGUGAACAGCAAAAUCGAGCUCGACAAUAAUUUGGCAAAGGGCUUAAAGGUUGAGUUGCUGACAUCGCUGCUGCCAUCCAUCAAGGAUAAGGCAUUCAAGGUCAAUGCAACAUACAAACAGCCCCAUUGCCAUACCGUUGCUACCAUGGAUGUACUCAAGAAUCACUUGCACAUUACGUCUGUGACAGGUCAAAAUGGAUUUGCCUUGGGAGGUGAAAUGUCAAUCAAUACACGUGAUGGCAAGGUGCUACGCUACAGCAGCGCUUUUGGAUAUAGUAAUCGCGAAUACAGCUUGGCCCUUCAUGCCACCAACAACCUUCAAAGCUAUGCUGCAUCAUACUAUCAUCGUAUCAACCCACAAGUAGAAGCAUCAGGCAAAGCCAUGUGGGAUGCACAAGGAAGCAAUGUGGUCGUGCUUGAAGUGGGUUGCAAGUACCAAGUGGAUAAGUCGGCGUUUGUCAAAGGCAGGAUCUCCAAUGCUGGCAUGCUCGGUAUUGCCUAUAAUCAAACGGUACGACCUGGAAUCAAGCUUAAUAUGGGUGCAUCGGUAGACACGACACGGCUCAAUGAGAAUGCACAUAAAUUGGGUAUUGCAAUUACCAUGGGCAACUAG